AAAUCUGUUAAGAAGUUCUCCUUGCUUAAACAUAUUGAGUACCAAAACGACAUUCUAAUUUUAGAGUAUGUGUAACUAAUAAUUUUUGAUUUACAUGAACUAUUUUUGUAGAUUCUGUAAGUACUACUUAAAAUUUAAAAUGUGCAGAGACUCAUAAAUCUACAGUUUCCAAGAUUAAGUUUUUAUUCCAGCAGCUCUGCUGCAGAUCUGCCACCAGCAGCGGACUUGCUGCCAGAGACCGCCGCGACGCACAGCCUGUCUGCGGCGCAUCUGCAGACAGUGUUUCCCGAUAGCGAAAGGCGUCGACUGUGAAGAGUACUUAAGAGAUCGAAAAGUCAAUCGCGAUUUACAAGUUGGUGCCCUCAUAUUUACAGAAUAAGUAUAAGUGAAUUUUAAGAAAUAAACAGUCCGACGGAACGGUGUAAAUGUAUCUAUUAAAUAUUAACAAACUACAAAAUCGUCUCCACAGGUAGUACCUACACGAUUUUACUUUGAAGUUUGAGGUUCAUUUCCUGUUCUGACGGUUAAGCUUCCGUUUGAGCGGGCUUUGACCGGAGGUUAAUCUCUAGAAGGCGCGCACCGAGUUUUACCCAGAGAUAGUGUUCCUCACCGGUACCGACAGAAAACGACAGAGAAGACCUGCAGACCUGUCUUUUGUGCUUCUGGUUCUAAGUCAUUAACGCCCAAGGAUACAAUUGUAAGUAUUCAAUUUGAAGUUAAGAAUGUGAGCCACACAUUACACAAAUAUGACAAUUUAUAUGUAUAAAAGUAGUCCUAUCUACUAAGCUAGCAAGACUUGUCGGGAACUUACUGAACUUGUGUGAUGUAAAGUUUUGAUGAUACAUGGCAGUGUGUUAUUUUUUUAGUGUGUUAAUCAUGUAAACUCUAAUUUCAACAUCCAGGUAAACCAAUCUGUUGGAGCAUCCUCAUCCUCCUUGGCAAAUUUAAAACCGAAUCUUAGACUACCCCACUGGAAUAUCUUCUUCUAGUUUUGCUAGGUAGCUGCUCCUAAUAUGACUUGGAACUGUAAGUUGUGUUCAGCUAAUUUCACCACCAGGACACAAUUAUUUAAACAUUGUAGACUGAGGCAUAGCCACUUUUCAAGAGUUAGCCCACUACCAUGCCUCUAUGAUGAUUGCAUGUGCACAUUUCUAACACUUAGUGCACUGGGAACUCAUUUGUCAAGAUACCAUAUUCCAGAACAUAGAACCAGUGCAGGGCAGAGUCAGGAACCUGUAACAUUCAGGUGCCCUUUAUGCACAUAUCAGCACCCUUUUUCUGAGUCUGUACUCCUCAGUCACAUAAGAUCACACUUAAAAAAACACGAAAUGGUACUCUGCCCAUACAAAGACUGUAACUAUAGCACAAAUGUGUACUCUUCAUUCAACUCUCAUAAAAGCAGAGUGCAUCGAGCAAAUCUUGCAUCAGACUUUCGCAAUGACAUUGUCUCUGAGCAUACGCAGAAUCCUCAGUCCACUAGCUCCGAGGUCACUUGUGACUUGAAUGAGGAGUGUCCAGGUAAUAGCACUGACAUACAGGAUGAAGAGCAGCAUGAUAGCUUUGAACUAAAAAAUCAGCUCAAACUUAAUUUAGCGUCUCUAUUUUUAAAGAUGCAGGCUAUCCUUCAUGUGUCAAACACAGCCACACAGGAAAUAGUGGACAACCUGAAUCAGAUCUUCUCUUUAUCCCAGCCAUUGAUCAAGGGGGCAGUUAGUGAUAUAUUGGAGAGACAUGGUCACAAUAUCACAGAUUCCACACUCAAUGAAGUUGUCAGUGCGGUCAUGGACUCUAAUGUUGUAUAUAGUAGUACCUCCAAAGGUGCAGAGCUGUCCUCUUCCAAGCGAAGAAAGACAUUUGUCGAGCACAGCUAUCCAAUGGUCAUCCCGGUAGAGUACCAUUUAGAAGCAUCUGGUCAUACCAUCAUGUAUGUUCCAAUCCUUCAAAUGAUUCAGGAGUUGUUUAAAAACACAGAUAUUCUCAAGAAGAUUCAAGAACCUAAUUCUGAGCCUGGUCAUUAUGUGUCAUAUCGUGAUGGCUCUCAUUUCCAUGAAAAUAUGUUACUCUCAAAAGAAGAACUAAACAUAGCAAUCCAGCUAUAUAUUGAUGACCUUGAAAUUGCUAACCCUCUUGGCACAUCACGAAAAAUUUACAAAAUUUGUGCAUUAUACUGGGUCAUUGCCAAUCUGCCGCCCAAAUACAGAUCAGCAAUGCACACUAUACAACUGGCUGUGCUUGCUAAAGUAACGGACCUCAAGAAGUAUGGGUAUGCAGCUAUACUUGCUCCAUUUAUGCGAGAUGUUCACAUUCUUGAACAAGAUGGUGUGUUCAUUGAAUCGUUAGGUCAAAAUGUGAAAGGCACCAUCUUUUGUGUUUCUGCUGACAAUCUGGGUGCUCAUGGAUUAGGUGGCUUUAUAGAGUCAUUCAAAGCAGAGUAUGUUUGCAGAUUCUGUAUGGCCACAAAACAUCUUCGGUCUUAUGAGCUUUCAGCCACACAUUGCCUGUCCAUCCACCAGCAAUCUGAUUUCAAUGAUUCUGUCCCACUCUCUGCAUACCAAAUAGAAGGAUUGCUGCUGUUGACUCCGAAGAGGUUCCUACAAGUGAGACAGAAUUGA